UAUUCGGGCACAGAAAAGGAGGAGUACCUAAACAAUUUCCCUUCGCUUACUAUGAAGGAGCCUCGAUGGCAGAUCACACCGAUUAAUGUUGACCAAAAAUGUAUCCGUAAGGAUUUUAAUCAGUUCGUUCCUUCCGAUUCUGCACUGCAAAACGCAUUUCUGCAGUCAAGUUCAGUCAAUCAGAAUCAAGAUGAAUCGCGAAAGCAAACGGAAUCAUUACUGACUGAUGAUGUUUUCGAGAAUGUAGUGUAUGCGAACCAAGAUUCCAAUGACGGAACAAUCGUAAUCCAAUCGAUCAGUCAGCCAUCACCAAACGACACUGGUGCCAAUCAAGCUGUCAUCAUUGAAAGUUUGGCGAAUAUCGUCGUCACCCUUGCCCAGUUGAAAACUGGUUUGGAUUUUCUUAACACCAAAGUGGAGAAAAUUGAAUCUCUUUUAGAGUUUCGAGACAACGUUUCGCUUAUUACUACUGACGAAAAUUUCAAGCCAGUGGAUUCAAAAGAAACGCUGGAUGCUUUAGAAGCGAGCUUGGAUAACGAAAAAGUAAUGGCCAACUAUAUAUCUUUUAAUCGACCUGGUAAUGACACGGCAAUUUUUGACGCAGUGCUCUUGGACGGGAAUGUCCAGAGAUCAUACACCAUCGGAACAUACCGGAUCAGUGGAGUCUCAAAUGAAAGUUCCUUUUAUGCUUUACACUAAAGUGCGUAAACUGUUUCUAAGGCUGAUCUUGCAAGCUGACAGCGCGUUUACUUCAGUUAUGUGCGAUGUUUUUUUUUUAAAGCACUGAAGAAUAGCAAGCAACGUUUGCUAUCGAAAACAGUUUCUAAGCACAAGAAUCGCCCAAAAAACCUACAAUAUAGUAUCCGCCAACAUGAAGUUCAGCCGAUUGC